UCUUGACUAUCGCCGAGCAUCAAUUUUUACAAAGCAACGUUUGAGUAUAAAAGUGCCGGUAAAUUCACUCAAUCGCUACAGUUUGAUUCAAAGCUUGUUUGAGACACUUCAAUUAUUAUUUUUUCAUUAAAACUAAGUUUUACUUAAUUAUUUUAUUAUUAAACAUGAAAUUCUUCGUAGUACUUUUUGCCUUGAUUGCUGCUGCCGUUGCCGCUCCACAAUUCAUUCCCGGUGUUGGAUUCGGUGGUAGUGCUGCUAACGCUGCUGCUGGAUCACAAUCAUUCAACUCUGGAUUUGGUGGAUUCGGAGGAAGUGCCAGUAAUGCUGCAGCACAAUCUCAAUCAUUCAAUCAAGGUGGCUUUGGAGGUGGAUUCGGUGGGUCAGCUGCUAAUGCUGCUGCUAGCUCACAAUCAUUCAAUCAAGGUGGAUUCCCAGGAGGUUUCGGUGGUGGAUUCUCAGGAAGUGCUGCAAACGCUGCUGCUGGAACACAAUCAUUCGGCGGUUAAAUGAGUCAAACUAGCUUAUUUUUAGAUUUUAUUUCGGUUUAUAAAUUACAGUAUUGCUUUUGAUAUUGUAUUUUUAAUAAAAAUUUAAAGUUUUUCUGCAAACUUAAUUAAA